CAGAGAAACCUUUGGAAUGGGAGGCGAGAGCGGUACCACUCGGCUAAACAGCCGGAUGACAAAAACUGUUUUUCUUUUGUUACGACCGAGGCUGGACUGGCAAAUGUGAAGAAAUAAAUGCUGUGUGAUUGUUCUGCUGAUGCUUGUUUUAGCAUCGAACAACCCAGAGAGGAUCAUUUUAUUGCCGCGGGUAGAAAUAAUCUGUGUGAUGCCGCAGUAAUCCAGUGUGUGUUAUUUAAGCAGCACGAGCAUGAGGGCGAGGACGAGCAUGAGGAUUCUCUCUCCCGCGCCGUGCAAGCAGAGAGAUGAGAUGAUGAAAUGAGGACGCGUUCUCCCUCACAUGAGAAACAUGGAAGGAAAGGCGUGAAGGCGCGAUGAAAGAUCUCAGCGGUGGAUUUGUCUCCUCACCAUGCACAGUCUGAGCCAAACCGUGGUCUUCCUGUUGUGUGUGCUGGCGAGCGGGGAAUGCCGCAAGAACCGACACCGGCUGCCCAGAUGGACCGGGGCUUUGGACACGCAGAGACACGGCACCUCCUUGGCCAAGAAGCCUCCCGAUGUCACCAAGUCCCGCAAAAUGAGGACGGAGCAUCUCAUCAAAGUCGAUGACCAUGACUUCACCAUGAGACCAGCGUUCGGAGGUCCUGCUAUCCCUGUGGGUGUUGACGUCCAGGUGGAAAGUUUGGACAGCAUCUCUGAAGUGGAUAUGGAUUUCACCAUGACUCUGUACCUGCGGCAUUAUUGGAAGGACGAGCGCCUGUCCUUCACCGGCAGCACCAACAAGAGCAUGACAUUCGACGGUCGCCUUGUGAAAAAGAUCUGGGUCCCCGAUGUCUUCUUUGUCCACUCCAAGAGGUCCUUCAUCCACGACACCACCACAGACAACAUCAUGCUGCGUGUCUUUCCCGAUGGACACGUCCUUUACAGUCUCAGAGUGACGGUAACGGCAGCUUGCAACAUGGACUUCAGUCGCUUUCCUCUGGAUUCUCAGACGUGCUCCCUGGAGUUAGAGAGUUACGCGUACACAGAUGAAGACCUGAUGCUGUACUGGAAAAGCGGUGAUGAGUCGCUGAGCACCGAUGAUCGCAUUUCCUUGUCACAGUUCCUCAUCCAGAAGUUCCACACCACAUCUCGCUUGGCCUUCUACAGCAGCACGGGCUGGUACAAUCGGCUCUACAUCAACUUCACACUCAGACGCCACAUCUUCUUCUUCCUGCUGCAGACGUAUUUUCCAGCCACACUGAUGGUGAUGCUGUCAUGGGUGUCCUUCUGGAUCGACCGCCGGGCCGUGCCAGCCAGAGUUUCCUUAGGUAUCACCACAGUGCUAACCAUGUCCACCAUCAUCACUGGCGUCAAUGCAUCCAUGCCUCGAGUGUCAUACAUCAAAGCGGUGGACAUUUACCUCUGGGUCAGCUUCGUCUUUGUCUUCUUAUCCGUCUUGGAGUACGCCGCUGUCAACUACCUGUCCACCGUCCAGGAUCGCCGUGAACGCAAAAUGAGGGAGCGGGCACAAUCCCAGUCACUGCCCUGCACGUGUGGCAUUUCCCAGACCAGAACCAUGGCCAUGUUGGACGGCAGCUACAGCGAGGCCGACACCAACAGCCUGGCGGGCUACACUGAAGAGCCCAUGGUGCCCGAGGAGGAAGACAUGCGUGAGGUUCCAGAGAAAGCAGAGCACAUGGUGGUUCAUCUAUCAGUGAGCAGUGAGUCCACCGCCACUAAGAAGAAGAAGAGCCUUCGUGGUCUCAACAUCAUCCAGAACACACACGCAAUUGACAAAUACUCACGCAUGAUUUUCCCUGGAUCCUACAUCUUCUUCAACCUCAUCUACUGGUCCGUCUACUGCUGAUUUCAGAACACACAGUCUACCUUUCCACACCUGAUGACUGUCGUUGUUGUUGUUGUUGUUGUUGUUGUUAUUGUUAUUAUUAUUAUUAUUAUUAUUAUUACCAAGGACUUUUCUACCAAAUGUCAGCUGCUUCAUGUUAUGGAAGCUUUACUACGCAACUGUCAUCUUUGCCCUUGCAGCAGAGUGAAUGUCUACCAGCAGAUAUCAUCAUGUCUACCAGCAGAUAUCAUCAUGUCUACCAGCAGAUAUCAUCAUCAUGUCUACCAGCAGAUAUCAUCAUGUCUACCAGCAGAUAUCAUCAUCAUGUCUACCAGCAGAUAUCAUCAUGUCUACCAGCAGAUAUCAUCAUCAUGUCUACCAGCAGAUAUCAUCAUGUCUACCAGCAGAUAUCAUCAUCAUGUCUACCAGCAGAUA